GCCCCCUUACCGACUGAGCUGGUUGUCAUUUUGAAUGUUCGGCGUCGUUUAGCUGCAGUGGUUUUGUUGUUACAGAGGAGAGAAGUUCAGGAUGGAAAAGCUGAAUGCGUCACCUUGGGCUGUUAAGAAGAUCAACGGUAAAUGUGCAGCCAAACAGGUGGCUGUUUACCAGCAGCGCCUCAAUGAGGAGGCGGAAGUCCUGAAGGGAAUCAAUCACCCAAACAUUGUUGUAGCAGCCGGAGCGGAGGAUAAAAAGUCGGGCAGACAGAGAUGAGAGGAGCAGCGGAGAGACAGUGGAAGCUGCGUGGACUGAGUGACAGCGGAGGCUGCGUGGACUGGGUGACAGCGGAGGCUGCGUACCGGACUGUGGUAUACAUUGAAUCGUGAAGUAAUAAACAAUAUUCCCUCGACAACCAAGGCGGACAGCGAACUUGUCACAUUGGCGCCCAACCGGCACUUGAUACACGGGGAUGUCUGCGCCUCCGGCGGAGCCGGUGCAGCCCGUGGCUGUGCUGGCCCAGAUGCUCCGGGACUUGGCGGCAAUGCACGCCGACCAGGCAGCGGCGAAUCGGCGGCACCUGGAGGCGCUGCACCAACAGACGGAGAGGCAGACCCGCGUCUUGGAGCAGCUGUUGUCUCGACCGGGGGGAUCGCCGGGCUCCUCCUCCUCCUCCUCCAUCUCCGGGCUGUCUCUGCAAAGGAUGACGGCGGAGGAUGACCCGCAGUCGUUUUUGGACAUGUUCCAGGCCACGGCGGUGGCGUGUGGAUGGCCGCAGGCGGAGUGGGCGGUGCGGCUGCUUCCCCUACUGACGGGGGAGGCCCAGACGGCAGCGAUCAGCCUGCCGGCGGCGGCCCGGAGGAAUUUCGCUGAUGUCAGGAAGGCGGUGCUGGACAGGACGGGCCUCUCGCCUGAGGACCACCGGCGCCGUUUCCGGGGCGCUCGGCUGGGGGCGGGCGACCGCUCGUUUGUGUUUGCCCAGCAGGUGAAGGACGCGGCAACCAGGUGGCUGCUGCCGGGGGAGACCGCGGAGGAGAGUCGGCUUCUGGAGAAGAUUGUGGUGGAGCAGUUCAUCGAGGGGUUGCCAGGGGAGACGAGCAACUGGGUGAGGUAUCAUCGCCCGGCCGAUCUGAGGGCAGCAGUGACGCUGGCCGAGGAUCACCUGGCGGUCCAGUCGGGAGGCCAAGGACGGGCACCUCCCGGAAUGCGACCGACACCAGCGCCACGCAGGAAAACCCUGGCUGCGCUGACAUCGGCGCCACGUUCACUGACGCCUCCGGUUCCGGUGCCCCGUACUAACCUCUCUUUUGCUUCUCUUCCACACCAGGCUCCGGCUGCUGCUGACGCUGUUUCCAAACGUCAGGACAGGAGUGCUGGCGGUGUGGGCAGCCUGGCCACUUCCGACGGGAGUGUCCGCUCAUGGAGGUCGGCCAGGUGGUUCGGGUUGCCGGCACGCCAGCACCCUCUCCCGGUCCGGGAGGGACAUACAGCGUUCCGGUAA